UCCAUUAGGCGGGGAAGCCGCGAGGGCUGAGCGGAACUGGGGCUGUUUGGGAGCCCUCAGGUCUGCUUGGAAAGUCGCGAGCCUGUGCUAAGAAGUAGCCCUGCGAUCGCGCCGCCUAGGUUUUUCUGUUCCUUUUUUCUCCCUGUUUAUCUCCAGGCAGAGAGCAGCCCAUAGAAACAUGACCACCAAUAUGGGCCCCUUACACCCAUACUGGCCCAGGCACCUGAGGCUGGACAACUUCGUGCCUAAUGACCUCCCGACCUGGUAUAUCCUGGUUGGCCUGUUCUCCGUCUCUGGAGUCCUAAUUGUGAGCACAUGGCUGUUGUCCCAUCGAGUGUCCGUUGUCCCCCUCGGGACUUGGCGUCGACUGGCCCUGUGCUGGUUUGCUGUGUGUGCGUUCAUUCACCUUGUGAUUGAGGGCUGGUUCUCUUUCUACCAUGACAUCCUUCUUGAAGACCAAGCCAUCUUAUCCCAGCUCUGGAAAGAGUAUUCCAAGGGAGACAGCCGAUAUAUCCUUAAUGAUGGCUUCAUCGUCUCUAUGGAGGCUAUCACAGCUUUUCUCUGGGGACCACUCAGCCUGUGGGUAGUGAUUGCCUUUCUCCGCCAGCAACCCUUCCGAUUUGUCCUACAGCUUGUGGUCUCUGUGGGCCAGAUAUACGGGGAUGUGCUGUACUUCCUGACAGAGCAGCGGGAUGGAUUCCAGCAUGGGGAGCUAGGCCACCCCCUUUAUUUCUGGUUUUACUUUGUUACCAUGAAUGGCAUAUGGCUGGUGGUACCUGGAGUCCUUGUGCUUGAUUCCAUAAAGCAUCUCACUCAUGCCCAGAGCAUGUUGGACAGCAAGGCCAUGAAAAGUAAGAGCAAGCAUAACUAAAGAGCAGUAGAGUGGGCCGGAACAGCGCUGACGAGGUGCUCUGCCCGCCUCCCAGAAGACUCGAGGCCUCCUCGCAGGUUGAAGGGUCACAACUGCCUGAUGUGUCCCACUCAGGCUGAUGAGUGGGCACAAAAAGGGCCAUAGUCAGGAAAGGUAGGGAAUGGGUGGAGCUACUGCAUCGGGGGAAAGAUGUGAGAGAGGGUUGGGGGGUGGGGUCCAUGAUGGUGGCAAUUUUCAAAACUGGGAAAUAAAAUACCUUUAAUUAUAAUACUGAGAGAUAUUUAAUUCCUAAUCCUAGUAAUGUCAUGUUACUAACCCCGCAGACCUCUCCCAUCACUUGAUCAUCCCAUGUCUGGCCUUAUAAACCCUUAACGCUUACUCCAAAGACUCCCAUGAUUCACCCUAUAGAACCUAGAACCCACUACACAGACCUGCCUUCAAGAUCACCCUGUCACUUAUCCCAUAAAUCCUGCCAGUAACCCCGUAGUUCUCUUAUGUUAGCUUGGGCUGCCAUAACAAAAUGAUAUGGAUUGAGCAGUAAACAGCAGAAUGGAAUUCUCGGUACUGGA